GUAACUGGAAACAGAAAGCCACACUCUGUCCUUUUCUGCUAUGCGCGUGACCCAGUACAGUUCCUGCACGUAUAACAAAAGCAAACACCAAAGGCUAGCUUUUUUACUUUUUGGGAGGAUUGUGCACACACUGAGUGAGUGGUUCUUUCAAAUUUCUGACCCAAUUUUGCAGCAGAUUGCUUCUUUUCUUUCCAUUGUGAGAUUUUCAUGUUUGUCUUGUCCCAUUGGAAGGUUCAUAAAUUCUCCGUGUGUGGUGUGAAGUCUUUUUACUUGUUUGAAAAGCUUGUACAGUUUCACACUCUAGUUCUCCUCUUUUCUAAGCAAACCAAUAUUUUUCAUUUGUUUGUGAAGUUUUUCCUCUUCCUCAAAACACCCUUUUCCUGCAAGAUCCCAUUUGCACUUACUUUCUUCUUUCUCACAAAAUCUGAUUCCUGAAUUUAGGUUUGGUUGAGAUUCUGUUGUGGUAACUGGUUCAAUAAGAAAGGUUUAGAAUGGCAGAAAGUAUGAGGUGUUCUUCUAUGAUAUCUCGUAGUAAAAGUGAUCAAAUAGCAAUGAAGGAGACACUUCGUGCCCAGCAGCAACUUCUGGAAAAGCUAUAUGCUGAGUUGGAUGAGGAAAGAGAAGCUUCAGCUACUGCAACGAAUGAAGCACUGGACAUGAUACUGCGUUUGCAGGGAGAGAAGGCUGUGGUGAAGAUGGAGGCCAGUCACUACAAGAGAGUGGCAGAAGAGAAGAUAGGCCAUGCUGAGGCCUCUCUCGAGGCUUUUGAGGAACUUAUGUAUCAGAAGGAAAUGUUAAUUGUGUCUCUCGAAUUUCAAGUCCAGGCUUAUAGACACAAACUUAUGAGCUUGGGGUGUGAUCUUAGUGCUAAAGAGUUUGAGUUCCAAGAGGAUCUCCUUCUGAAUAGGAGUGAUAAAAGAAAUGGAGAAAAUGGGGGUCAGAGUAGCACUGUUAGAAGGCUACAAUCAAUGCCUGCAAUUCAGUUUCUGAGUUCCCUGAGAGCUGCUACCAGGGAAAGAUCACCUAGUCCAGUUCUUGAAGUGAUUCCUAAGAUAAUAGAGGAGGAGAGUACUGACAAGGAAGUAGCUCAAUCUGGCUUGGAUUUGGCAAGAAAACCAGUUGAAUUUUCAGGUGGUAGUGGAACUCUUGAUUCUUAUUUGAACCAGAUAAAGGAGUUGAAUGAACAAGUGAAGAUCAUUUCAGAUUGUGCUGAAGGAGAAAAGAGUGCAAAUUUGAGUAGUAGAAGAGGGAGGUCCUAUUCAAUUUCAUCGCAGGCUAGCAUUGAUCAAGUUAGUCAAGGUGAAAGUACACAUAAUGGAGGAGUUGCAAAUGAUUCUCCUUGUUUGCGUAAUGUCUAUGAUGUAUAUGAAGUCCCACAAACUAGUGAAAAGCACGAGAAAUGGAAUUUGAAUGCAGAGAACAGAUUAAGAAAACCAGAUUCUGACUAUCAGGGAAUGGUUGAAAAACCUGUUAAACUUGGCGCAGCAGAAAAGAGAAAGAGUGUGUUUAAAGUGUAUAGUGAAAUAAAAGCUGCUUGUCCUACAGUUAUGAUGGCAGUCAGUGACCAUAAAAAGGAAGGGAUGAAUGAAGUUUACAAUUCUCAAGCUGAGUUUCGUAAGCUGAAUCAGAGAAUUGAGAGGCUUGAGAAGGAGAGAAUUACUGCAAAGCAAGAGAUUAUCCAUGAAGGGAAUGAUGAAGAACAGUUGAGACUGUUAAAGGACAUACAAAGUCAACUCCAAUCAAUACAAUCAGAGAUGAGAGACUUGAAAACCAAAAAAGCUGCUACUAGGGACAACGUGUCUUUGGCUUCUCUCCAAGAGGCAAUGUUGCACUUUUGGCUUUGAUGAAGUACCUGCAGAAUGACCAUCUCACAAAAUCAAUGAACUCACUGCAUUACAUGUACAUACGGUUUGUAUACACAGUUUUAUUUUUUUGGUAGUGGAGUUGUUACAAAAAGAUAGAAUUAGAUCCUCUAACCUGAACAGUUGCCAACAAAUGUAUUCAUUUUGAUAAUGGUUUCUGUACACAAAGACAGAGAUAUCCUUGGUAUGAAUCGACGCUCUUAAAAAGGGAUG